GCUUAUUUGCAGGUAGGCGAACGAAACCUCGAGUCCUUUGUUUUUGUUUUUGUCUGCUCGUCGUAGGAGGCAGCAGCAGGAGACAAGACGUGCUGUAGCGAACUUCUUCUUUGAAGAUCAAUCACUCAGUCUUCUCUUCAUUUGUGCCGAGCACUAACUGUAAUCAUGCCGAUCCCCAGGGCUAAAGCAGCUGAAGCUGUCGAUGACAUUAGUGUGGAUGAGGUUAAGAAAGAAGCCAAGGGCUUCAUUGACAAAAUCAUUAAAGAUGUUGGUAAAACAUCGGCCACUCAGCAAAUUGCAAUUGGCACUGCGUCAGGCUGGUGUACUGGUUAUCUUGCCAUGAAAGUUGGAAAGGUUGCCGCUGUUGCUGCGGGGGGUGGUAUUUUACUUCUUCAGUUGGCCGCACACAAAGGCUACAUUAACAUCAAUUGGGACAAAUUAUGCCGUCAAGUUGACAAAGCUACUGAUAAAAUUGAGAAGGAAGCCACAGGCAAGGGUCCAGGAUUCAUGGAUAAGAUGGAGAGAUUUGUUGACCGCAAACUGGACAAGGCAGAAGAUGCUCUUCGUAACAACAAGCGCAAAGCCCGUCGCUGGUGGAAUUCAUUGUCAAAGGAGGAUGGAUCUUUUGAAAUUACUAAGUCCCACAUAUUCCAUACUGGCUUUUUCUUGGGCCUUGCUAUCUCUCUUGUGAUUCACCGUCGCUAGAAGUCCAUGUUCGUGUAACAACUCACAGCACAGGAGAGUUAGCUGUCUCUUGUCUCUUUCAUGGUGAUAAGGAUAUUUUGUCUCAGUAUUUUCUUUAAGUAUUUAUCAAAAUCAACCCUAUGUUUUUAUUUAAUACUUAAGUCUUAGCUGGGAGAGAAUAAUGUUUUUGGGGCAUUGUGAGCUCAACAAAGACUUGAUUUUCUUUCUUUCUCUUGUGUGAAUACAUGUUAUCUUGAUCAGUUAAGAAAGACCUCAAUACAUCCUAAUGUGCUAUUCCAAUUAUGACAUAAAUAAGUUAGUUAUUUUUUUUGUGUUAAGUAUAUACUGUUUUCAGUUUCCCCAAAAGCUGACAUCCUUGUGACAUCUAAUUCAUGCUAUUGUUAGUUAACAAUGCAUUCAAUUCUUCCCAUUUCCUCUAUGCCUUGUUAAUAUGCUGCACUUUUUAAUUUUUACACAAUGUUUAGAAUCUCUUCUGCCUUUGUUUUAUUAUUUUGUGGUUUGACUGUUUCAAUUUUCUUUGGCUUGCAUUUUUAUUUACUGUCAUAUCAAUGGACCAACAUUUAAUAUAGCUGUAAAUCAUUUACCAACUGUAUAUAAUUUUUUUCUCACCACCACUUGAGGUGCAAACAUGGAAGUUUAUUCUAGAUCCACCUUUACUUUUAAAUGUCAACAAUGCUGUUUAUUUUGCCUAGUCUUUUAUGUUGUAGUUUUUUUUUCUAAGAAUAAAAUAAGCAAACCCGAUGA